ACACGUUCAAUUGCCAUAUCCACAGUCUUAGGUUUGUACAGACUGCCUCUGGUAAGUUUAAAUAAAUUAAUCCAUGAACUUAACAAUCAAGAUUACAAUAUGUUUUAGAAUAUUGAAUGAAAGAAAGUCUGUAUUUUUUGCAGGUGAGUCAUUUUGCCACAUGUUCCUGCCUGAGCGACCGACAAAGGUUUCCAUCUUUCUUUAGGACGAUCCCGAGUGACGAUUUUCAAGUGAAUGCUAUGAUUCAGAUUCUAAAACACUUUGGUUGGACUUGGACAGGUCUGAUCAUCAGUGAUUCUGAUUAUGGAUUCCACGCUGCCCGAUCCUUUCACUCUGAUCUGGGUCCAGCUGGUGGAGGUUGUCUGGCUUACACAGAGGUUUUGCCCCGGGGUGGCAACCCUGCUGAACUGAGGAGAAUAGUGGAUGUGAUAAGGAAAUCUACAGCUCGGGUGGUGAUUAUGUUUGGAUAUGAGAAUCAAAUGGUUAAGCUCAUGAAAGAGGUGGUGAGGCAGAAUGUGACAGGCCUGCAGUGGAUGGCCAGUGAAGCCUGGACAUCAGCUGUUUGCAGUGAGAGCUGUCCUCCAGGUACCCGCAUUGCCAGAAAGAAGGGGGAACCUAAGUGUUGUUUUGAUUGUGUCCCUUGUUCUGAGGGAAAGAUCAGCAAUAAAACUGACUCCAUGGAGUGCACCAGUUGUCCAGAAGAUUUCUGGUCCAGCCCCCAGCGUGACCACUGUGUUCCUAAGAAAACAGAGUUCCUCUCCUACCAUGAGCCUCUUGGUAUCUGCUUGACAACCAUUUCACUGUUGGGCACAUUUAUCUGUGUUGUUGUUCUGGGCAUCUUCAUCCAUCAUCACAGCACACCUAUAGUUCGUGCCAACAAUUCAGAACUCAGCUUCCAGCUGUUGCUGUCACUUAAACUCUGUUUCCUCUGCUCCUUGCUUUUUAUUGGACGACCCAGAUUAUGGACUUGCCAACUAAGACAUGCAGCAUUUGGCAUCAGCUUUGUGCUUUGUGUCUCAUGUAUCCUGGUGAAAACCAUGGUGGUUCUGGCUGUGUUCAGGGCCUCCAAACCAGGAGGUGAGUACAGUCUGAAGUGGUUUGGUGCUUUGCAGCAGAGAGGGACAGUUCUGGUUCUGACUUCUGUUCAAGCAUCAAUCUGCACUGUCUGGCUUGUCUCUGCUUCACCAAUGCCUAAUAAAAACACCCAGUAUCACAGUGACAAAAUAGUUUAUGAGUGUGUAGUUGGGUCCACAUUUGGUUUUGUAAUUUUACUUGGUUAUAUUGGUUUACUGGCCGUCCUCAGUUUCUUGUUAGCUUUUCUAGCAAGGAAUCUUCCAGACAGUUUCAAUGAGGCCAAACUCAUCACUUUCAGCAUGCUGAUCUUCUGUGCAGUGUGGGUGGCCUUUGUCCCUGCUUACAUCAGCUCACCAGGCAAAUAUGCAGAUGCAGUGGAGGUAUUUGCCAUCCUCGCCUCCAGUUUUGGCCUCUUGGUGGCGCUGUUUGGACCAAAAUGUUAUAUAAUCCUGUUCAGACCAGAGAAAAACACAAAGAAAGCCAUCAUGGGUCGAGGGAUUGGAUCAUAGUAAAUGCAAGAGAAUACGUUAGUCAAUUCUAGCUAAAAUGUACAUGCAAAAAUGCAGCUAAAAUAAUGUUUUAAUAUAUAUAUUUCAAUAUUAUGUAAACAAA